AUGCAUGACCCUUACACCUAAGCGCAAUAGAUACUAUAACUUCCUAAAAUUCAGAUUUUUGAAGAAUUAGACCAAGGAACUAAUGAAAUGUCAAGAGCCAUUUAAUUGAAAAUGUUGGGAAUGGAUAGAUUAUGCAUUAAAACUGACAGUUCUUUUGAGAGAUAACCAAGAAGUGGAAGUGAUGGAGAUAACUCAAAAGAUGAAGUUAAAAUUAUAAAACCAAUAAAAGCAGAAGAAAAAAUACCAAAAAAAACAAUUAAACCAAUAACUAGAAUCUGGGACAAACAAAUCGAAUUUAGAAGAAGUCAAUAGAAAAUGGAAAGGAAAAAUGAAUAGCAACUGCAGCUUAACGUGGAACACAGCGAUCAAUCUUCAUUUGAAAAUCAAGAUUCAAUUAAUGAUGGAAAUCUAGACCUAAAUCGAAUCAAAUAGAAGAGAAAUAGAGAAUCCGCAAGAUAUUCAAGAGAUCGUAAGAAGAUCUAUUUCGAACUAUUGGAGAAUAGAGUCAAAGACUUGGAGGAGGAAAAUGAUAAAUUGAGAGAACAAUGUAUCAAGUUGCAAAAAUGCAUUGAAACCCAUAACAAAUAAUAAGAGAAGUUAAGCAUAAAAUUAUUUGAAAGAUUAGAAGAGUGUAUCACACACCAGAAAGAUGAAACUGAAAUAGAAAUUCUUUUGGAUGCAUUGAAACUCAGAACAUCUUCCAAUAAAUAGGAGAGAUUUGACUCCACAAAAUCACAUGCUUUUUCUAUUUUAGAUGCCACUUUACCGUUGAAAACUAAACAUUUGUUCACUAUUCUUGAUGAUAGAGAUUUCUUUUCAUAAAGUUAGAAAAAUUGUUUAGAAUUUCUAAAUGAUAUUUUCAUUAUGAGUGAAAUAAACUCAGACAAUUUACAAUUGAAUGAAAGAAUUAAAAUUAAGAUGGGAUAAUCUAAAUAAAAUAUAUUUGAGUAAGUUUCUAUUUUUAAUUAGUUCGUUUAAGAAAAUUAAAUAAGAAAUUAAAAUAAUUUCAAGCGAAGCUUCCAAAUAGAUUUAUUGUGGGAAUAGCUGAAAGAAAAUAUAAAGCCAAAAAUAUUAGCCUAACUUUUGUUAGCCUUACAUCAUGUAUUUAUCAGAUAUUCUAUAGUCUGA